CAAUCGCCAUACUCACGCAACACCAAGGACUGCUAGGUGGAUAUAAUUUACACACGUCUUGCUCUGCCUGUGGGAUCAGAUGGAAAAGCCGGUGUUAUCAGCGAACAUUGUUGUUGUUGGCAGUAUUGUAUAUUCUAUGUUAAAGUCUUUUUUGUGUAUGUUGUAUAUCAAUCGACCGUUGUCAGUAUGGAUUAAUAUAUUUCCAUAGAAUUGAUAAUAGCAUUCGUAUUCACACUCCAGUGCUCAUAUAAUAUUGUAUGGCUUUUUUUUUCUUUUUUUUUUUUUUUAAAACAAAAGUUUAUUUAUCUGACUCACUUUUCUUUUUGUAUAAAUUUCAAUUCGAUAUUUGGUAUAACAUACAAGCUCCAGAGCGAGGAGGAUUUCCUGUUUCUCUACACAGAAGACUCAGUGAUAUUACUAAUUUAGCUGCAUCAUGGUGGCGAGCAACAUACAGGAGCAUCAACAGCAUGGAUGCAAACCUGACGAAAACCACAUGACUACUACACCAGACGAAAAUAAUGUAAUUGCUCCAAAUGGAAACCAGUAUAUGAACCUAACUCCUGGACCAGUGCAGGUCACUGUUGAUGGGAAUUCAAUAGCCGCUGAGCAUGAGAUAUCUCCCGAUGAGAACCAUACCAUGUUGCUUGGGCAACCGAAGCCACUUGAAACCAAACUUUACAGGCGUAGAUUUGCAGUUUUGAUAGUAUUUAGCCUUUAUUCACUAGUCAACGCCUUCCAGUGGAUCCAGUACAGCAUCAUCACCAAUAUCUUCAUGGACUACUACAAUGUGACAAGCGACAAGAUCGACUGGCUGUCAGUUGUCUACAUGAUCGUCUAUGUGCCUCUGAUAUUCCCCGCAACGUGGUUACUGGAUAAAAAGGGUCUUAAGAUCACGGCGGUCCUGGGCGCAGGUUUGAACUGCUUUGGGGCUUGGAUAAAAUGUGCCAGUGUGAGACCCGACCUGUUUGGAGUGACCAUGUUUGCACAAACUAUCUGUUCAGUGGCCCAGGUGUUCAUUUUAGGGCUACCUUCAAGAAUUGCAUCGGUGUGGUUUGGGCCCAAGGAAGUAUCAACCGCCUGUGCCAUCGCAGUUUUAGGAAAUCAGCUUGGUACAGCUAUUGGUUUCCUGCUGCCUCCGGUUCUGGUACCCUACACCAAGAACAAUAUAGAUCUAAUUGGCAGCAACAUCAGCAUCAUGUUCUACGGUACAGCUGUGGCGUCUACUCUGCUAUUCGUUUUAACAGUCAUUGUAUUUAAGGAAAAGCCUUUACUCCCGCCAAGCCAGGCUCAGGCUGUGCUGCCAGAAAGCUCUCCUGAAGAUUACUCCUACAAGCAGUCAAUAAUCAACCUCUUCAAGAACUUUUCCUUUCUGCUUCUGCUAGUCAGUUAUGGUAUACUGACUGGGUCGUUUUACUCUGUGUCAACACUGCUGAAUCAGAUGAUCAUGGUGCACUAUGAGGGUGAAGAAGUAAAUGCUGGACGGAUUGGACUUACUCUAGUUGUUGCUGGGAUGGUGGGCUCCAUUAUCUGUGGCUUCUGGCUGGAUUACACUAAAACAUACAAAGGGACCACUUUGAUAGUUUACCUCCUGUCCUUCAUUGGAAUUAUUAUUUUCACCUUUACACUCGAACUUGGCUACCUCAUUCUUGUAUUUGUUACAGCAGGAAUACUUGGUUUCUUUAUGACAGGAUACCUGCCACUGGGAUUCGAAUUUGGAGUUGAAAUUACAUAUCCGGUGCCAGAAGGAACAUCUUCUGGUCUCCUGAACGCUUCUGCACAGGUAUUUGGAAUUAUUUUCACCUUAAUUCAAGGGAAACUAACAACGGAUUAUAAUCCCCUUGCCGGAAAUAUUUUCCUCUGUGUCUGGAUCUUUAUAGGAGUCAUUUUAACAGCUUUAAUCAAAUCUGAGUUGAAAAGACACAAUGUUAACAUGGGGAUUACAAACAACGCUGUAGAAGCAGUUCCUGUUGAGAGCCCGUCUGAGCCACCCACCAGUGGCACCCUGUUAAAAUCAGCACUGGUCUCACAUGAAACAUCAAUGUAAAAACGUAGGAGGGACAGAGAAAGAGUGUUGAAGUGGAACAGCACAGCAUUUUGCUUCUGAUCCAGCUCUUUAUAUAGGGAUUCCCAACAAUUAAGAUGCUUAAUUUUGGUUUGUACUUUUAUUCAUACAUUGUACUUGUUACAUAAACAAUAAAACUACCCACUUGUCCAGCCAUCCUCGUGGACAUGGGCAGUUCACACAGAAACAUAUUUAGAUGCUGCUAUUAUAUUUAGGAAUUAAUUUCUUGCUGUCUUUGCGCUGUGUUUUGUUUUUGUUUUGAGUUUAGUUUGUGAUUGCCCAAUUAAGCUUCCUACUCUCUCUGGUUAUCCCCUGUGUGGGAUGCAUAUCACUUGGCAACAGUGACACAAUGGAGGCACCUGAACAUACAAUGAAAACCGCUUAAUAGACGCAGUGGCAAAUGGAAUCAAAAACUGGUUUCAUUUAUCUUCAACCAACGUAAAAUCUAAAACCUUAUUGAAUCAACAGGUUUAGGUUUAGUUUAAAGUAAAGAUAUUCAAACACGAGCACAUUAAUUGUAUUUCAUUGUACAGUUAUUAAAAUAAGUGCUCAAUUCAGAUAUCCAGUAACAGUAUUCUGUGUUUUUCACUAAACAGUAGUCUCUGGCUAAGAGAACACCCCUUGGGAAGCAAGUGAAGUAUUCUCUAAGACAGAGUUGACCGCCAGACACAAUAUGCCAAAGACAAUCAAUAAGUAUUAUUACUUAUGUCAUGACGCAUGUGCAUCAACAUCAAAAAAGAACAGAUUAAGUGAAAAGCAAUAACGUUAAUAAAUAAACUGACAAACUAAAUUAACAAAGCACCCCUACAUAUGGUAAAAACACAGCUGCGGCUCUAACAGUAAUUAUGAAUACGAGAACUGAUUUUAACACAAUGGUUAUUAACAUAGCAACCUGAAUCUGAGUUUGAUGAUGAUCAGUUAUCAUGUUACAGAAUUGUACUGUAUCAGGAAUCACUAUUGGUGCCAAAAAGGUGUUCUUUUAAGUGAAGUUUCUAUUCCUUUAGGCGGAGCAUUUACAAUUGUAAAAUUCUGUUUUACCACAGUUGUUCCCUCAGCCGAAGUGCUCUCUUAAAAAGUGUUCCUAUACGCAGAGACUACUGUAUCUAGAGGAUCAUAUACCCAGCUGUAAGGAAUCUUCAUUGAAAGAUGUAAAAGCAAACCCAGAACUGAUUUCCACUACCAGUAUCUAACAAUAAAGAUAGCUUCUUCCAAUACUGGUUUAAAGGAGUGUCACAUACAACACAUAGCAUGCAAUGGAACCUAAAAGUCAUCUGUUGACUGAAGUUACAAAAAAAAGUUGUUGUUUUUUUUAAAUACACACAGAGAUAAAGGUUAAAAUGGCCACAUUUUAAUAAGUUUUUAAAAUGACCAUAUUUUAGUGAUCCAGUCAAUCAAAUUAUAUAUGUAUUAAAAAUAAAAAUAAAUAAAUAAAUAAAUAUUACAACAUUUUUUUUAGCUAUUAUUAUUUUAGCUUUAUUUUAGCAAAUAAUCUGGCUAACCUGUUUAGGGUUGCAUUUUAAAGUAAAAAAAAUAGGUUUCUUGCACAAAGUGGAGUUCUAAAUGGCACUCUGUCAAUAUCUUUUUACUCUUAGUAAACAAAUGGAAUGGCAGAAACCUUUUAUUCUGUUUGGGUUUUUUGUGAAAUGACAACAGUAAGUUUUUUUUUUUAAUACAACAAUACUUAAAUAUUGACAAAAAACUUUUUGAACCUGCAAAAUAUGUGAGAGUCUUUAGGAAGGUCUAAUGAAGGUUAACAAGCAAGAGUCUUAACUGUCAGUGUAUAGAAACAAGGGACAAGAAAUCUUUCCUUCAGUCGUGGAAGGAUGAGGUCUUUUCCUGUUUUAUCUAGAGAAUGGCUCAUUAAAUGUGACAUGUUUGUCGAUACAGUAUUGUUACUGUCAGUUACGAUUUACUAGGGCGUGUGAAUUAUCAAGUUUAAUGGCAAAAAAUGAAUAACAAAAUUAAUAACAUGCACAGCUUUUCUUAAACUCCUGUAUUUAUGAUAAAUAUUAGUAAUUAUUGUAUACUUGAAGAAUAUAUAUGCUGUAUUUUGUAGCUGCUGCACAUGUAUUAAGCAGUAAUUUAUUAACAAUGUCCUAUAUAUGACUGAAAUGGCAGUCUGUACUCCGCCUGUGUGAAAAAUGUUCUGGAUGAUUUUUGCCAAACUUAAACCAGGUAUGGAUAAAAGGUACUGGCAGAAUAUUAAAGUUUAUAUACUGAGUAUCCAAAGAAACUUAUCACCAUUAUAACACAUUUAUUUUCAGAACAAAAUAAGGGAUAUAAAUGAUGGGACAUUGACAACAUGUUUUUGGUUUCUUUUUAAUCACUCGAUCAUUCAUCCUUGACCAUGACACGAUUUAGCGACUAUGACUGAAGCAUAUGCACUUAAUCACCUAGUUAGUGAGACAAUUGAUUGGACACUGGCUAUGGAGUGAUUUCAGCUGUUGAAUUGCAAGCUUGAAUAAAAGCAAUAAAGAAAAUCACAG